AACACAUCGUCAAGUAUUGUUUUUCAGUUCGACUCGUUCUUACAAUGAAACAAAGUUACGCGAACCUAACUCUUCUGUCACUUAUGGCGUGUCUUAUUUGUGUAGCUAUAGCAGCACCUCCACCUCCACCUCCACCUCCAUCUGGGCCUACACCUCCAUCGGCACCUACGACGAACUCCGAGUCAGGAAGUGCAGACGGAUACAUCUCACAAUCUUCUGGAGCCUUAGCUGCUGGUGUUGCACAACAGGGUUCUAGUACAGGUGAUGCAGGAAACUAUCAAUUUGCAGACGGAGAAUCGACUCUUGCACUUCCUUACUGGAAAGGUGUCACCUCUCUCAAUGAAAUGAGUGAAGGAAGUACUGGCAACCUUGAAGUUCCAACAGUAUAUCCAGCAGUCCCAUAUAUCCCCACUUACCUUUAUGAGCCUUAUGCCUAAGGGUAUUCUCAGAGGUGUGUUUGUUUCCAAGAGGAAACUUACUUGUUGAAGUCGAAUAAACUUGUUUGUGGUUCUUCUCGAAAAACAAAGUUUGUAUUUUUUUCUGAACAAGAAGAAGAAAGAAUGUCGGCACAAGUCAUCAAAAUAAAGGCUACUUUCUCCAAGCCUUUGAACGUUGGGAAUAACUUAAACCAAACAAAAGAAACAGUUUCAAACAACAAACUGUGUGGGAAAAAUGCAUAUGUUGAUGGAAGCCAAACUUUUUUCUUCCAACGCAUCUGUUUGUAGACUCAACAAUUUUCCAAAGUGGAAAAGAAGUAUGUCUCUUCUCAGAUACGAAUAGAUUGAACGACAGGACCUCCAUAGAGUUCGGUGGUUUGCUUGUGAGCGAGAAGGGAAUCGAAGCAGCGAGAAUGUCUUUAUCCAAAAGCCUUCUAAUGAACUUGCAGGUCAAUAAUUCAGCUACUCUCAGGAAUUACGUUAGAAGUUAUCUUCAAACUUUGGAUAAAAGGCAUGACGUUUAA